GAAAAUCUACGUAGUUUAGCGUUGGCUGUAGCAUCAGGUAACCCAGUUCUACUACAAGGAGCAGUUGGUAGUGGUAAAACAUCAAUAGUAGAACAUCUAGCACAUCUUACAGGCCGACACGCCUCACCUCAAAUAAUGAAAAUACAACUAGGUGAUCAAACUGACAGUAAGGCUUUAUUAGGUAUAUAUAGAUGUACAGAAAUACCAGGAGAGUUUGUAUGGCAGCCAGGCAUAUUGACACAAGCUGUAUUAGAAGGUUACUGGGUGUUAUUAGAAGAUAUUGACUAUGCUCCAAUGGAUGUUGUUAUAUUGAGUAAAUAUCCAGUAUUAGAGUCUAUUGUUAAUAGAAUAUUAGAUGUAUAUUUUCUACUAUCAGCUGGUAAACAUGAUGUAGAUAUAGCUACAGAUAGUCUUGAGAUAGAUACCAGUGGUAAAUUUCUUACAUUAGAUGGUAGAUUAAUAUCUACAAGAGAUUUAAUGUCCUGGUGUAGUAGAAUUAGUAAAGAUUUUGACGUCAAGUCUACCAAUAUAGCUAGUCGUGUUUACCAGGAAGCUUGUGAUUGUUUUGUUAGUUGUCUAUCUAAACCUGAUAAACGUCUAGCUGUAGCUGAGGCCAUUGGUGCCAAACUCAAUAUCACCAAGGAUCAGGCUGAGUAUUAUUGUAAUAGAUAUAAACCAGAGAUUAAUAUAACAUCAGAGAAUAUAACAGUUGGACGAGUUACCUUACCUAAACAUCACUCUUCACAUACGUUGUUAACAAGAUCUUAUUCUACAUUCUCGUUUACCCGACAAUGUGUGUCUCUACUGGAGAAAGUUGGUGUAUGUAUUGUAAGAAAUGAACCAGUGUUGUUAGUUGGUGAAACUGGUACUGGUAAAACAUCAUCUGUACAAUUUCUUUCUCGACAGCUAGGUCAUAAAUUACAUGUAGUAAAUAUGAAUCAACAGAGUGACAGUACAGAUUUAUUAGGAGGAUUCAAACCAGUAGAUAUAAAGUUCCUGAUUAUGCCAUUCAGAGAAGAAUUUGAGAUGUUGUUCUGUAAAUCAUUCUCUAGAAAACAGAAUGCUAAGUUUCUUGGGCAUGUGCAGGAUUGUUUUUCAAGAAGGAAAUGGACUGAUUUAUUGAAACUAAUAGAACAUACAGCAAAUCGUGCUGUAACUAAAUUUGAAAAUGAUAAUGAUAUUCUUUCCCAGUGGAAGGUUAUUGAAAGACGUCAAAAACAACUGAAAAUACAGAUAAAGGAAACAGAAAAUGUCUUGGCAUUCUCCUUUAUUGAGGGAACGUUAGUAAAGGCUAUAAAAGAAGGAGAUUGGGUGUUGUUAGACGAGAUUAAUUUGGCAUCUGCCGAGACUUUGGAAUGUCUGUGUGGUUUGUUAGAGAGUAGAAAUGGUUCCAUUAUUCUGACUGAGAGAGGUGAUAUAGAGCCUAUCAUUCGCCAUGAGAAUUUCCGACUGUUUGCCUGUAUGAAUCCAGCUACAGAUGUUGGUAAAAAAGAUUUGACACCUGGUAUUAGAAAUAGAUUUACUGAGUUUUAUGUAGAGGAAUUAACAGAUAAGAAUGAUUUACGAAUAUUAACCAGUGACUAUUUAUCAGGACUGGCAUUAACAGCUAAUCAUAUCAGUGGUAUAGUUAAAUUCUAUAGUACAGUACGGAAUACAGCUGAUAGGUCUUUAGUUGAUGGUACUGGUCAUAAACCACAUUAUAGUUUAAGAACACUAUGUAGAGCUUUAAGAUAUGCUGCUAGUAAUCCUUGUGGACAAUCUUCUAGAUCAUUAUAUGAGGGAUUCUGUUUAAGUUUUUUAACUCAGUUAGAUAGAAUAUCUCAUCCUAUAGUAGAACAGUUAGUCUGUAAACAUGUGAUUGGUAAUUCUAAUUUAAAAUCCAUGUUGAAUCAUAGUUUACAGUGUCCUAGUGGUGGUAGGUACCUACAAUUUGAGGGAUACUGGAUAUCACAAGGCAGUCUGGAACCUAUUGUACCUGAUGGUUAUAUACUGACACCCUCCGUGAGAGCUAAUCUUAAAGAUUUGGCUAGAAUUGUUUCUGCUGGUGAACAUCCAGUCUUAUUACAAGGUGAAACAUCAGUAGGUAAAACUAGUUUAAUAACCUGGUUAGCCAAGUCUACUGGUAAUGUUUGUGUUCGUGUCAAUAACCAUGAACAUACAGAUCUCCAGGAAUAUGUUGGUUGCUAUGCAGCUGAUGAAUCGGGUAAACUUAUCUUUAAAGAAGGUGUACUAGUGGAAGCCAUGCGUAAAGGACAUUGGAUCAUACUAGAUGAAUUAAAUUUAGCUCCAUCAGAUGUAUUAGAGGCUUUAAACAGAUUAUUAGACGAUAAUCGCGAGUUAUUUAUACCUGAAACACAAGUCACAGUUAAAGCUCAUCCUAAAUUUAUGUUGUUUGCUACCCAGAAUCCUGCUGGACAAUAUGGUGGAAGAAAGAUUUUGUCCAGAGCUUUCAGGAAUCGUUUUAUUGAGCUACAUUUUGAUGAGAUACCAAGUGGAGAGUUAGAGACAAUAUUACAUCUGAGAUGUUCUAUACCUCAAUCUUAUUCUAAACGACUAGUAGCUGUCAUGUUAGAUUUACAGACUAGAAGACGUAGUUCUGGAGUAUUUGCUGGUAAACAAGGCUUUAUGACAUUGAGAGAUUUAUUUCGCUGGGCUGAGAGAUAUAAUACACCAGAUGAUGUACCUACUAAUAGAUAUUAUGAUUGGGAUCAACAUCUAGCUGACCAUGAUGAAUGCCAGGUUAUCCAGGAUGUUUUAUCUAAACAUUUUAAACGUAAAGUGAAUCCAGAUAGACUGUUCAACCUAAACACAGAAACAUCAUCUACUACCUCGUCCUUGUUAGAUACAGCUCUCAACCAAUCAUUGACAGGCUUUCAACACAUAGUCUGGACAUAUAGUAUGCGUAGAUUAGCUGUUCUGAUUGGUCAAGCUUUGAAAUUUAAGGAACCUGUACUACUAGUUGGUGAAACUGGUUGUGGUAAAACUACAAUAUGUCAACUGUAUGCUGAGUUGAAAGAUCAUCCAUUAUAUAGUGUUAACUGCCAUCUACAUACAGAGAGUGCUGAUUUUCUCGGUGGUUUACGACCUGUUAGAACUCAUUCUUUAGAUGAUGACAGCCAAGAUAAACUGUUUGAAUGGGUAGAUGGUCCACUAGUACAAGCUAUGAAAAAGUCGGCCAUGUUUUUGAUAGAUGAGAUAUCACUAGCUGAUGAUUCAGUAUUAGAAAGACUAAACAGUGUAUUAGAACCCGAAAGAAGGUUGUUAUUAGCGGAAAAAGGAGGAGGAGAUGGGUAUCAGAAUGAAUCUGAAGAAAUUACAGCCGGUGAUGAUUUCAGAGUCUUUGCUACCAUGAACCCUGGCGGAGAUUUUGGCAAAAAGGAGCUAUCCCCAGCAUUAAGAAAUAGAUUUACUGAGAUCUGGUGUCCACCAUGUAUUAUACGAGAUGAUAUGAUUUCAAUAAUAGAACAUAAUCUAGAACAUGGUAUCUAUCUCUCUAAUCAACAAGACAAUACGUCUGGUAUAGGACCAGCUAUCAUGGACUUUAUACAUUGGUUUAGUAAUAAUGAAAUUGGAAAAAGAUGUACAGUGAGUAUAAGAGAUAUAUUAAGUUGGGUAAACUUUAUUAAUAUAUGUUCUAUAAAAGAUAAUGAUAUAAGUGACAGUGGAUAUUUACCAAUACCUAUAUCAUAUAUACAUGGUGCUUCUCUUGUCUUUCUGGAUAGUCUCGGCUCAGGUGAGUGUAGUGGAGGUGAAUUUAGUCCUACAGUAGCUAAAGAAACAUGUAUAGAAUAUUUGAUACAGCAGAUUAAACAGUUGACUAAUACAGUUUAUACAGUAGAUGAUCUAGGUUUCUCUCAUAAACAAUUAGAUAUUAUACAGACAGAUACCACUUUUACUAUUCCACCAUUUACUAUAACUAAAGGUAGUGAAUAUGAGAAAUAUGCACUAAAAGCUCCUACCACUAGUUUAAAUGCUUUACGUAUAUUACGAGGUUUACAGCUGUCUAGACCUUUAUUACUGGAGGGGUCACCUGGUGUUGGUAAAACUAGUCUUGUUACAGCUAUAGCUAGACAUACUGGUAGACAGCUAGUUAGGAUUAAUCUCUCCGAACAAACAGAUGUUACAGAUUUAUUUGGUGCUGACCUACCAGUAGAAGGAGAGAAAGGUGGUACGUUUGCCUGGAGAGAUGGUCCAUUAUUACAGGCUUUAAAAUCUGGACAUUGGGUAGUACUAGAUGAGUUAAAUUUAGCCUCUCAGUCUGUACUGGAAGGGUUGAAUGCCUGUUUAGAUCACCGAGGGGAGGUGUAUAUACCAGAACUUAGUAAAACAUUUCAUAUUAAACAAGAUGAAACGAGAAUAUUUGGUUGUCAGAAUCCAUUACAUCAAGGUGGAGGUAGAAAAGGUCUACCUAGAUCAUUUCUCAACAGAUUUACACAGGUGUAUGUAGAACCAUUAGAAAGAGAAGAUUUAUUAUUUAUAUCACAGUCUAUGUAUCCUACAAUAUCAACAGUAUUACUGUCUCAAAUGGUCAACUUUAAUAUGACAGUAAGUAGACAUUCAUUGUAUUGA